AUGAUAAGCGGAAAAAAAAGAGUUGAAGAAUUUAUUGAGUCUCAAAGAGGGGCAAUUGACAGAUUUAUUAUCAAAGAAUCGAAAAAUUCAUCACUUGAAGAUUUGGUUAAUGAAGAAAAACAAGAAAACAAUGGUAAUGAAUUACAUGAAGGCUUAGCCAUUGAAAAUGAUAUAGAGGGAGACGUGAAUGAGAUUGAAGACAAUGAAAGUGGUGAUGACUUAGACUUUAAAAAUAAUUAUUCUGAAAGUGAUGAUGAUGCUAUUAAUGAAGUGAAUGAAGAACCAAGUUCAUCAAUUCCACUUGACAUUUUUGAUCCUAAAAAUUGGGAGAAUUUAGAUCCCAAGUGGAAGGAUCAAUUAGUGGAAAAGGGCCCUAUAAGAGAUGUAUUAACAGGGAAAGGUCCCAAAGAUAGAUCAAAUAGACGAUUCUCUUCAGAUUUCUAUACUCGGAUUUUGCCAAAUGGUCAAAAGCACCAUAGAAAUUGGUUGGUCUACUCACAAGCACUUGAUAAAGCAUUUUGUUUUUGUUGCAAGUUGUUUAAAAGGGGGCCUCAACCAAGUCAACUAGCAAAUGAGGGAUACUGUGAUUGGGGGCAUCUUAGUAGCAGACUUAAAGAACAUGAGACAAGUAUUGAGCAUAUCAAUUAUUAUGUUAGUUGGUCUGAGUUGCGUAUCAGGUUAAUGAAGGGUACAACAAUUGAUCAUGCUAUUCAAGAUCAAAUCAAGAAGGCAAAAGAGCAUUGGAGGAAGGUAUUACAUCGAUUAAUUUCACUUGUGAAAUUUUUGGCUAAACAAAAUAUAGCAUUUCGUGGUAGUAAUGAGAAACUUUAUGAUGAUAACAAUGGAAAUUUUAUGGCUGCUGUUGAGAUGAUUGUCGAGUGGGACUCGGUGAUGAGGGAACAUAUUGAAAGAAAUACACAUCAUCAUUAUCUUAGCCACAAAAUUCAGAAUGAAUUGAUAUGCUUGUUAGCUUCUCAAAUAAAGAGUUCUAUUCUUGAAAUCAUUAAAAAAGCUAAGUUCUUUUCUGUAAUACUUGAUUGCACUCCUGAUGUUAGUAACCAAAAGCAAAUGACUUUAGUUAUAAGAUGUGUUGAUGUUUCUACAAGCCCAAUGAAAGUAGAAGAAUACUUUUUGGGAUUUUUAAAAGUGGAUGAUACAACAGGACAAGGCUUGUUUGAAGAACUGCAAAAUGUGUUGAAGAGUUUUGAUCUUGAUAUUGAUAAUGUGAGAGGGCAGGGAUAUGAUAAUGGGGCAAAUAUGAAAGGGAGGCACCAAGGCGUACAAAAAAAAUUGUUGGAUAUAAAUCCUAGAGCAUUGUAUACUCCAUGUGGUUGUCAUUAUUUGAAUUUAACACUUUGUGAUAUUGCAAAUUCCUGUGGAAAAGCGAAAGACUUUUUUGGAGUAGUACAACUGAUUUAUACAAUAUUUUCUCAUUCUACAAAGAGGUGA